AUGAAUUAAUCAAAAUUUCAAACACACCGUACUUUCUUGUAGUUAUAAUUAUAUUUUCUUUAAGUUUAUAAAUAUGAAUUUGUUUUAAUCGGUACAUGGUAAUUAGUCAAUCGAUUGCAUAUACGAAGUCAGCUGCUCUACCAUUCGAUUGUGCACCCCUAGUUCGCGUGUCAUCACUAAAGCAACCAAAAGCAAGAGGAAGCAAAAAGCUGACGUACUCGGGAAAAGUUUAGAAUUAAUUAAGCAAUAUAAUACUUAUUAGGCAAAACGCUGUAGUUUAUAAUGUAACAUAGUGCAACAACAAACGCGUUAGUCUUUAAUCUUGCAUUAAGCCCAAAUACCAAACGAUUGUAAAAAAGUAUGUUGGAAAAUUGUUGCUGCUGUGCAUAGGAAACCGAACAACAGAGAGUAGAAGAGCAAGUGUGUUGGCCAGCCAAAUUGUUGAUGAAAUUCAUAUAUAUGUAGAUGAUACUUCAGCCUUAAUAUCCGAAACCCUAACAGCUGGCACUAAACAAAAGGAAUACAAUAAAUGCAAACGGCUGAAAACGCCUCUCUUCUACUGCCUUAAACAAUAGUCAACACAGCAACACAGACAGCAACAGCUGUGUGUGUGCGCGCGUGUGUGUACGUGCGUGUGCGGGUGUGUGUGUGUGUGUGUGUGUUGUCGUAUUUUGUGUGUGUCCGGACGUAACAAAAUAUUGAGCCGUCGAGCAAAACACAUGAUGUGGUCGUUCUUUUCGCGCGACUCCUCCAAAGACUUUCCAUAUGACAUUGGCGAACCCGUUGCUGGUUUUGACAAUUAUUCCAUAUGGACACUGCACAAGGCCAAGCGCAAGGGCACCCUCGAGGAGGUCUCUGUCUUUGUCUAUGACAUACGCAGCGGCUCCGAUACGAAAUGUGAGCUGGCCAAGGCGGCGCUGAAACGCCUCAAAACGUUGCGUCAUCCGAGCAUACUACAAUAUCUGGACUCACUGGAAACGGAUAAAAUGCUUUAUGUGGCCACCGAGGCGGUGGAUCCACUGGGCACAUAUUUUACCAAACUUGCCACAGACAAUGUACAGAAAGGCCUCUAUUUAGCCUGGGGCAUAUUUCAAAUCACGCGUGCUUUAUCAUUUCUCAAUAACGAUGGUAAUUUGCGGCACAACAAUGUUUCUGCUUGGUCGGUUUUUGUCAAUGCCUCCGGCGAAUGGAAGUUAGGCAGCCUGGAGUAUGUCGCUGCCGCUGAUGGUAAUCCCUUGCCGCCUGUGAAAAUACCUGUCACGCUGGAGGUAUAUGAUGCGCCGGAGAAGAAUGAUCAGAGCAAGCUCAAGGCAGCCACCAAGUGUUCCGUGGACAUGUGGGGCCUCGGUUGUCUCGUUUGGGAGGCCUUCAACGGCGUGUUAAAGCAGCGGUCCAAUCUCAAGGAUAUUGAACACAUACCCAAAUCGUUACAAUCGCUUUAUUGUGAACUGGUUGGCGCAUCGCCUUCGAAUCGACCCAAUCCGGCGGAUAUUAUUACGCGUUGUCGUAAACCAGGCGGCUUCUUUAAGAAUGAUUUGGUGGACACGCUGCUCUUUCUCGAAGAAAUCCAGAUUAAAGACAAGGCGGAAAAGAAUCGUUUCUUUAGCGGCCUGACCACGCAUCUGGAGAGCUUUCCGGAUAAUGUUUGUAAACACAAAAUACUUCCACAGCUGAUAACCGCUUACGAAUAUGGAGAUGCUGGCUCUGCGGUGUUGGCGCCGAUGUUUAAGCUGGGCAAACUGCUGGAUGAGCAGGAAUAUCAGAAACGUAUUGUGCCCUGCGUGGUAAAGCUCUUUGCUUCGACGGAUCGCGUGACCCGUUCACGUCUGUUGCAGCAAUUGGAUCUGUUUAUUGCACACCUGCAGCCACCGGUGGUCAAUGAUCAGAUAUUUCCACAAGUGGCGCAUGGCUUCCUGGACACAAAUGCCACCAUACGAGAGCAGACGGUUAAGUCCAUUAUUCAUUUGGCGCCCAAGCUGAACUACAACAAUCUCAACGUAGAGGUGCUGCGACAUUUUGCGCGUUUACAGGCGCGCGAUGAUCAGGGUGGCAUACGCACCAAUACAACAGUAUGCUUGGGCAAGAUUGCGCCACAUCUGCAUCCGCAGGUGCGUCAGCGUGUCCUCGUCUCGGCCUUUAUACGUGCCAUGCGUGAUCCCUUUCCGCCGGCUCGUGUUGCUGGCGUCCUCGCGCUCGCAGCCACACAGCAAUAUUUUUUGCUUAGUGAGGUGGCCAAUCGUGUCUUACCAUCCUUGUGUUCGCUGACUGUUGAUCCAGAAAAAACAGUGCGCGAUCCGGCCUUUAAAACAAUACGUGGUUUUCUGGGAAAACUGGAGAAGGUCUCCGAAGAUCCCAGUCUGCGCGAGACAAUGGAAGCGGAUGUCCAUACCGCCACGCCUUCGAUCGGUAAUGCGGCUGCCACCUGGGCGGGCUGGGCAGUCACAGCCGUUACAGCCAAGUUCUAUCGCAGCCAAAGCGAUUCAUCCAGACCCAGACCGCCAUUAACAGGUCGCAAUCUAUCAAAGCCAGCUUCGUUGGAGCAACCCUCGAGCAGCAGCCUGUCGACCACUACAAGUAGCGUUACCUCCAUGACCUCCUUGGAGCAUGAAAGCAACGAUACAUCCGCCUCUGCCUCCGACUAUGGCAACAACGAUUGGGACAAUGAAAACUGGGGUGAAAUGGAUACCUCCCAGGAUCCCAGCAGUCCGCUGGCAGCCAGCUCCAACAAUGGUCAACUAGUGGCUGCCAAUGCGCUGAGCGAAGUUCGCGACGGCUGGGACAAUGAGGAAUGGGGCAGCCUGGAAGAGGAUCCGUGCGAGGAGGAGGAGCAAGCGGAGCAGGAGCAACAGCAGCAACAGUUGGCUAGACAAUCGAUAUCCUCAACGACAUCGUCCAGCCAGCAACAGCAGCGACCCCUGCUGCCGCAUCAGCAUCAACAGCAGCUGCAGCAGCAUGAGCUGAAUGAUCUUAUCGAGCCGCUGGCUAAACUGAAUUCACACAUCACUUUAUCGCCAUCGCGACAACAGCUGCGACCAAAGGAGCUGGCUAAUCUAUCGAGCAGCGCCAACACCUCACCGACAACGCCGGGUGCUUUCACCAAUUGCAAUAACAUAAGUUCGCCUACGUCACAUUUGAAUAAUUCGACGCAUAACGCCAAUUGGAAUAGCGAUUCCUGGGCCGAUGGUGAAUUUGAGCCCUUUGAUGAGCCGGGCUUAGGCAACAGCAAACUGGAUGAGGCGCGUAGAAAGCGCGAGGAGAAGAAGUUGCAGCGUCAGCGUGAACUGGAGUCGCGAAGAGCGCAACGCGCCACGGGCCCAUUAAAAUUGGGCGCUAAAAAGCUUUAAAAGGAUUUACAGAAGCAAAAAAAACAAGCAAAAAAGCUUGCAAUUGGCAUU